AUGGCCCGCUUUCAGGGACUCGACUCGUCGGACCUCUUUCGCUUCGACACUCUCGCCUUGCGCGAUGACAUUCUUUUGAUUGACGGGAGGACGGCCUCCAAAGUCGAGUACGACGAGUAUGUCGUCUUUAAAAAGGAUAGCUCCAUGCCGUCGGGGCUGACCCCGGAUGACGAAGGUGGCGAUGAUGUCAGCUUCAAGCUGAACCAUACCGAAGAGACCCCGGGAUACCAGAUGCUUGACCUCGCUUUUCGACGUGGAUGGGUAGUAGAUCAUAACGGAGACUUUACCCAAGACCCAGCUCGGGACCCUGCGCUUGUGCUAGAUGGACGUGUGAGAAGAGUCCAAAGAAUCUGUUUUCGCCGUAACAAAUCCCUCGACCGCCGCGAGGAUGGCAUCACCAUGACCCCCCAAGACAUGGAUGCCCUGGAUCUACACCCCGCAACUCUUCAGUAUUCUCGCCGUGUCACUAACGAGUCUCGGUUCUGGUCUCUGGACCAAAACAAGCUGAGCAUCAUUCUUUCGUUCUCCAACAACCCCAGGACGCCGUACGACUUCAUGUCCAUGACCUACGAUGUCAGAAACCGCGCGACAACUGUGCUAGUCCGCCAAUCCUACCAUCCGCGGCAGCAUAACCUCGAGAACCUCGACGAAUACGACCAGCGUCUAGAGGCAUGUCGCGCGCACUGGGCUCACCCAUUCAUCACUCCGGUUGUCCUCCUCCAAGUCCAGUUCAUGCGCACCGAAGAGGCAGUCAUGGAGAACAUAGACCAUGUCAAGUCCCUCGAGUGGGAAGUCAGCAGCAUCGCCGGCUUCGAAGCCUUUGAGAUGGAGCGCGAGAGGAGAUCAAAGCUGAUCCGAAGACUGACCUUCAGUGCUAACAACGACAAACAGCCGAUUGUCGCGGGCCCAAUGAGCAUGGCGAAUCUCAUGAAGAGCGCCCACGAUGUGCUCAAGGAAUCAAUCAAGCUGCUGGAUACCGUUCGCUGGAUCGAGAGGGUAGUUAAGCUGAUGCUGCAGUCUGGCGACGAGCUGGCGCAGCGCAUGUCGACAGGAGAACUCAACGUGCGCCUGCAAGAUCUCAGCGCAAGAAAUUUCGAUGAUCACGAGCGUGAUCAGCAAGAAAUGCAAGGACGGCCCGAGGAGCCUCCCACAGGACCACCAUCACGCUCUUCCGCAAGCACACGACGGAGAUCCUUACCUCCGGCCCCGGACGCGCUGGCCGAUCCUCUCGGAAACCACUGGCACGAAAUCCGCCAAUACCUCGAGGGUCUGCAGAGAAUGUGUAUGGGCCUGGAAACUGACCGCCGCAUGUCCGAAGCCCGAUGCCGCGCCCAGAUCGACAUUAUCUACAGUAAGAUGGCCCAAGAAGACAACGUUCUCAACGCCCGCAUGGCAGUUGCAUCUUCCCGCGACAGUUCCUCCAUGAAAGCCCUCGCCGUCAUCACCGCCAUCUUCCUCCCCGGCGAAUUCCUCGGUACCCUCUUCGGCAUGUCCAUGUUCGACUGGCAGGCCUCCGGCGAAGACGCAGCAGACGACAACGCCGCAAUCGUAACCCCAGACCCCGGAACAUCCACAAACCCCAAAGACCCGAUUCCCGUGCUGAGCCACCUGUUCUGGGUCUACUGGGCCACCGUCAUCCCCCUCACCGUCGGUAUCCUCUGCGCGUGGCGUGCGUGGUGGGUAAACCAGGACCGCUACUUCAGAAGACACCUCUCGCGGGAACUAUCCGAGGAGCGGUACUGGACAUCCGAUGGCAAGCCGCGCGAGCUGGAGCACUCUUUCUGGCACGACUUCUUCUAUCUAUCCGUGCGGCGCGACGAGAGACCCGCAGCGACAAACGACCCCUAUAGUUCUCUCGACUUGUCGCCGAGUUUGUCCGCGGACAAGGACGAUAUACGCUCGCCGCGCGAGGCGACGGUCCGCAGGGGCCAGAUUUCGUUUUUGAGGACGCAGAGCCUGCGGCAGCGAAAUCAGGUCGCUGUAUGA